AGCUCUGGCUAAAAUUAUAAAAUUUAGCUGUAAAUGGACCAUAAUUUUGAAACAGAGAAGAGAGUCUCAGUGGAGCCCCUGGCCGAGAGGUCGACCAGGCAGACAGAUCAUAGGAUCGGGAGUUACAAUAGCGAAGUCCAGUUCUGGCUAGCAUGACUAGGAAGCGCAGUAGGGUAUGGGAAUAUAUGGAGAUUUCCGAAUAUGAUGUACCGGAAUGGCGGCGGAGUGUUCUUCAUACCGUUUUUUAUCUGUAUUGUUGUCAUUUGCCUACCCUUCUUCUACUUAGAAGUGGCCUACGGCCAGCUUUUCAAAAGAACCAUGCACAGGUAUUUUUACUUUGGGAAAGGUAAAGAGGGGUACCAAGCUUUGAGCUUUGGAGUCUCAAUCAUCUUGCUCUAUAUGUCUUUGUUAUACUUAUGUGUUUUAGCUUGGUGAGUUACAUUUUUGAUGUUUUCAUUUCAAGAUCCUUUGCCAUGGGCUGUCUCUGAUCAAGAAUAUCAGGCUGGCCAAUUUUGGAAGCAGGAUUAUUUCAAAAAGGAGUUUCUCCACAUUACUGACGAUAUUUUUGACAUGUCAAAUUACUCAAUCUUGAUAAUAAUUGCAUUCAUAUUGUCUUGCUUUAUGACUUACUUGACUUCAUUUAAGGGAAUGGAUACAGCAAAAUGGAGCGUUUUAGUCAUCACUCCACUCCCCUUCUUGAUUCUGACAGUACUGUUCAUCAAAGGCAUCUUCCUCUCAGGGAAUACAAUCGGGUGGGGUUAUAUAUUUAGUGCUGAUUGGAACAAGCUAUGGACACUUCAGAUUUGGAGAGAUGCUGCUAGCCAGGUCAUCUUUUCAAGCAACAUUGGGAUUAAUCUCACCAUACAUUUUUCAUCUCUAAAUCCUCGAAACCAGAAGAUUUUGAUGCCUUCAGUCGUGAUUCCAGUAAUGAAUUUUGCAACCUCUGUGUUUGCAGCCUGCACACUUUUUGCUUUUGUUGGUCAUGCUUCAUUAAUUUCAGGAGUUGAGAUUAGUGAUAUGCCAAUUGAUGGUCAAGAAUUAGCCUUUGUGGCAUAUCCUGCUAUUGUUAAUAUGCUCCCAUUUCCUCAGAUUUGGUCAAUCUUGUUCUUCACUAUGCUAAUCACAAUAGGGUUGAGUAGUCAAUACUCACUUCUUGAUUCAUGAGCAACUAUUUUAUACGGCUUCUUGACUAGAUACGAGUGGUUUACUCUGAGUAAGACCUUCGUAUCCCUACCCUUAACCAUCCUAACUGCUGGGCUAGCUAUUAUCUUCUUUGCGUCAGGAGCAGGCUACUACUGGCUCGAACUCAUGGACCUGUACGCUGUCAGCUUGACGCCGAUUAUUUUUGUCCUGUUUGAGCUGAUUGUGUUUAUUUAUCUACUUCCUUUUGAAGAGCUCGAAAUCAAAGUUCUACAGAAUAAUGAGACUUUUCCUGCUAUGUACAAGUUUUGUCUGAAGUAUGUUUCACCAGUAAUUGCUUUUAUCUUAAUAUGCUUUGGAAUAGUAAAUGAGGUGAUAAAUACUUCUUCAGAGAACCCAUGGGUAAUUCUCAUUGGAGUCUGAUUACUCUUAUUUCCCUUGAUUGUUACCCUUCUGGUGUUUCUAUUCCCAUGAAAGAUACUUUAUGCAGAAGAGCUCAUGAAUGAGGAGGAUUCAGCUAAGUAAGCUCCACUUAAACAGUAUGUUUUGAUCAAAGGGCAUGUUUAACAU